AACUGAGUACCAUUGCUAUAGGAAGCGAGGGAAGACGAAGCAAGAGUACUUUGAUUUUCACUGCCCGUUUCAGCAGGACGCCCUCUUCGUGCAUUGCAUCAUCUUGCAGCGAGUUCAAGCAUGGCACAUCAGCUGGCUCCUCUGUCCCUUGCCUGCCUGGCGUUCGCCGUGCUUCUGCUGGUGUCCGGUCACAUGGUUAAUGGUAGCUCCAAAGUUGGAGAUUAUAUUGAUUUAGAUAGUGACGAACUGGACAAAGCGGAAGAAGUGGACGGGGAAGAGGAUCAAACCGGUGCGGACAACGAGGAAGGUGUUGGUACGGGUAGUGAGGGAGAAGCUGGCGAUAGCUGUAUGGUAAAGCGAAUGCUCAAGGCUGGUAUUCCGCACAGCACUGCACUGCAGUACGAGCAGCGCCUGCUCGACGCCGGGCUCACGGAGGAGUCGAUGAUCGCCACUCCUGAAGGUGUCCUCGAGUUCCUUCUGUCGUCUUCGGGCACGACCCAUGCACAUGAUCUUCAGCAGUGCUUACUGCAAAGCUCGGAAGCAUGUACGGAAUUUUCACCCUGCCUUAAUGCCGGACAAUGCGAGCUGGCCCAUCCAGAUAUGGAGUCGUACGCAUGCAAGUGUGACUCGCAUUACAUGGGCGACUACUGCGAGACAUCACGUCUCGCUUCUCUGACCAGUUUCAACAGUCUGCAGGAAAAGGUUACUGAGCUGGAGCAACUCCUUCAGGAUCGCACCCAGUUUCUCGGCAGUGGCUGCAACCUGCGGACUCUCGGCUAUAAGUAUCAGACCCGCUACGCUAUUCACGACGAGAAGGAUGAAGGCCAGAUUGCGUCACUGACCUUCAGGAAGAAGCAGACCAACACUGUCCUGAAGCUCACCUACUCCAGUAACAUUCGCACAGGCGAGUAUAACGGGCAUGUCAGGUGGUACUUUGUGAUCGACGACUUGGAGUGCACCAAACCCACCAAGCUCGACAUCGGUAUGAUCCAGGUUCCCGGGGGCAAUGAUCACAUUCCCUCCGUGCUGACUGGCGUCUGCGAGUCGACCUCAAGCGCCGCAACUAACAUUCCAGCUGGAGAUCACACGAUCAGCGUACGCGUCGGGCGCAUGGAGAAUGCUCCAGGUGCUCCGUUUGGCAACCCUCACUCCGGAUGGCACACCACCUCCUUUCUCGAAGUCCAGGAAAUGUGCCCGCAGUUUUAGACUCCAAUUGCCCUCAAUUAUGCAGCUAGCAUAAAAUUGCAGGCUGACAUAACACUUUGCAAUGUCAUGUAUGUCUGUGGCUUCUUUCUCUGCCGUUAUCAGGAUGCGUAUAGGAAGCUGAAAUAUAGACGUCAGCUCAGCUGUUCUCCAUGGCUAACACCCACAUACACACACACACACGCGCACGCACGCACAUACAUACAUACACGUACACACACGCACGCACACACAUUAUACACAUUCACACACACACACACGCAGUGGCAAACACACGCUGUGACACAUACACACACGCACACACACACACACACAUACGCAAUGACACACAUACUCGCUUGGACAUGGACAUUCAGUGCAUCAAUAUCCUGUGUCUUGUUAAAAGUUUCCACACCUUUCCUCCUUGCCAGGUUGGCUUUUUCCACACCUAUUUGGGCAUUUUACUUCCUCCGCAUUACAGCUCCUUGUGGGUUGACUAAUGAAGUACCUACCGGUAAUGUUGCACGAA